AUGGCGUACCCCUUUCAAAUAGGCCUUCAAGACGCAACCUCCCCUAUUAUAGAAGAACUAACACACUUCCACGACCACACACUAAUAAUCGUAUUCCUAAUUAGUUCACUAGUACUUUAUAUUAUCUCAACCAUACUUACUACGAAACUAACGCACACAAACACAAUAGACGCCCAAGAAGUAGAGACAGUAUGAACAAUUUUACCAGCCAUUAUUUUAAUUAUAAUUGCCCUACCCUCGCUUCGAAUCCUUUAUAUUAUAGACGAAAUUAAUAAUCCUUCUCUAACUGUAAAAACUAUAGGACACCAAUGAUAUUGAACCUAUGAGUAUACUGAUUAUGAAGACCUAAGCUUUGACUCCUACAUAAUUCCUACACAAGAAUUAAAACCUGGCGAACUACGACUAUUAGAAGUGGAUAAUCGAGUCGUACUACCCAUAGAAAUAACAGUCCGUAUACUAAUUUCAUCAGAAGAUGUACUUCACUCAUGAGCUGUACCAUCCCUAGGACUGAAAACCGACGCUAUCCCAGGACGAUUAAACCAAACCACCUUAAUGGCUAUACGACCAGGACUAUACUACGGUCAAUGCUCAGAAAUCUGUGGUUCCAACCAUAGCUUUAUACCUAUCGUUAUUGAAUCUGUCCCAUUAUCUUGCUUCGAGAAAUGGUCCGCCUCAAUGCUUU